AAAGCUUUGCUUUUCUCUCUCUCUCUCUCUCUCUGCCCACGCGCUUCGUGCUCUUCGUUUUCGGAGGUUUCGACCUUGCUUUUGGAUCCAUGGCUUCGAUCUCAGCAAAGGCGAUCUCGAUCUCAGCUUCCCCGAGGGUUUCCCUUAAGGGCCAGGGAGCUAAUGGGAUCUUUCCUUUGAAAUCAGUUUCCUUUUCUGGAAAGAGGAGAAACUUUGCCCCAGCGCGCCUUACGGUUUCAUGUGCGGCGAAACCAGAGACAGUGGCAAAGGUCUGCGAUAUAGUGAGAAAGCAACUGGCAGUUGUCGAGGGCACUGAAAUUAAUGGUGAAACUAAGUUCACCGCACUCGGAGCUGACUCUCUUGAUACGGUUGAGAUUGUGAUGAACCUGGAGGAAACCUUCGACAUCAGCGUGGAGGAAAGCAGCGCGCAGGCCAUCGAGACCGUGCAGGAUGCUGCCGAUCUGAUCGAGGAUCUCGUCGCAGCAAAAGCCAACGUAAACAAUUGAAGCAGCUUAAUGAUUUGUAGCACACAUUUUGGUCUUUAAAGUUCUAGUACUCCAUCAGUUUUCUUUUCUGUUGUUAGUGUAUUUCCUGAAGUGGAAAAUGCUAGUUUAUGCUGCAAAACUUUUUUAGGUUUUUUUUGUUUUUGUUUUUUGUUUUUAUUAUUUUGGGAUUUCUGAGAUUGAAUUUGCAGUAUGGGAUUAAAAUCUUAUUGGUUUUUGUUA